GACAUGGUCCUAGUGACCUUAGGUGGGAGAAAUAUAAGAUAUAACAUAUGCUGUGACGUAUUUGGAAUAGUUGGACGCGAAGAUGCUGACUCUCUGCAUCUUCCUAGUGCUGCUCAUGGGGGUAGUGUCUGGGCUCAUCAUGCCUGGACCAUGUCCUGUCCCCACCCCCUGCUUCUGUGGCACAGUCAUCCACUGUGACAGCCGCUCCCUCACCGUUCUCCCCACCUUUACGUCCUCACCACGACACUUCCCCAUAUUUGACCUGUCCCACAACCACCUCGACUUCAUCCCAGCACGGGCCUUCGUCGGGGUCAACAUGUCUACUCUGGACCUCACAGGCAACCCUCUCGUCCUCAACAUGGAUGAAGAUGCAUUCUUGGGACAAGAAGACAUCCUGCAGCAGUUGAUAGUGUCGCAAACAUCUAUUACGUCACUUCCUUCCUCACUGGGCAAACUCCGACGACUGACGAGGCUCAAUGCCGGAAAUACUUUCAUAACGACAAUUGAUAGUUCUUUGUUUUCUGCCCUUGGAUAUCCUUUACAACAUCUGGACCUCCAUGAUGCAAAGCUUACACAGUGGCCGAUUGCUGUCAAUAACCUCAGAUACCUGAAGUCCGUAGACUUGUCUGGUAACGUGAUAAAAACAGUUCCUAAGGCAGCUCUUGAUAUAUUCGCAACAUCACUCGAAGUGCUUGGUCUCAGUGGCUGUGGCCUGACAACGUUCCCUGUUGCAGUAGGGAAGCUGUCAGGUCUCCGUGAGCUGUAUCUCGGCGACAACCACCUCGGUGACGUCCCUCACGCCAUCUUCUACUACACGAUCAGACAGACACUGCAGAUCCUGAACCUCUCCAACACCGACCUGACUGACAUUCCCGAGGAACUCAAACACACCCGUGCCCUCACUACCCUCUAUCUCAGCCACAACCCGAUCGUCGCACCCAACUCCACCGGCGUCUUCACCGGCAUCAGCCACACCCUAACAAACCUCUUCUUCGACCACUGCCAACUCAACGCCAUCCCACCAGCAUUAAGCCGAUUGACAAAUCUAAAAUUGCUGAAUCUGACGUCCAAUAAACUCGACAUUCUUGAAAACUACGCCUUCAAUCAAUUAACAUCUCUCGAGACUCUUGCCCUCAACAACAAUCCCUUAAUGAACAUUAAACACGCGGCCUUUAACAGUUUGACCAGCUUGCAACACCUAUACCUCGCCAACUGUGGCCUCCACUUCUUCCCUGGAGCAGCGUUACUGGGUCUCCCAUCCUUGGACUAUGUGGACCUCUCCAGUAAUAAAAUCUCGAUCCUGGAGGAGAGCAGCGUCCCUCUUCUGAAGGAUCUCAAGCGGCUGUCUCUCUCGGGCAACAAGUUCACCAACAUGUCUCUCGUCUCCUUCACUGGCCUCACGACACUCGACAUGCUCUACCUCAACGACUGCGGCUUCACCACGGUACCCAAGGCUAUUGAAUACACCCCCAACGUCCGCUACGUGGAGCUCUACAAGAACUCUAUUCCCUGUGACUGCAGGCUCAAGUGGAUCUGGAGCUGGAAGCUUGCGCAUGGACUUAUACCUCAUAUCCAAGGGUUGUGCCAGGGAACGAAGGCAGACGAUUUAGAUAUGUUUAUACGAUACCAACUGAAACUUUGUCCUUAACACACGAUUCUUAUUAUUAACAGGAAUAUAUUUCAUUACGUUGUUCUUUACUUAUAAGCAGCAAAAUCUCUGCACUUGUACACAAUAGACGUAAUUCAAAAUGAU